CUUCGCAAAAGUUCCUUCGUUAGUUUUCGAAUCGCAUCCGUAAACAUCCGCUCGGCACCCAAAGGCAGCAUCGGACCGCAGUGCGGAACCGUCGGGCCCAGCAGACCGAGUGUAUUUAUGCUAUGUUGUUACAUAGCGUCGCCAGGGCCCAGUUAGCAAACUAUCUGCGUAGUUGCACGAACCUGCGGAAAGUUACUCGUCCCGGGAGCGGCGGUAUUGGCGCUCCGACCGUCGACGGCUGCCCAUCUACGGUCCAUACGCAUUGCUUGCUGGCGGUGCCUUUGUCCCUUUCAGGCUCUUCUUCGCAGCAUCCGGUGCCGAGUACCAUCGGCACUACCACGCAAGUACGUGCCUGCUCGAGCCAAUCCACCGGACCUCCGAAGAAGGGAAACGCGAUGGAGGCACACUCGGCCGGAUCGUCGGAACCAAAGUUCACCAACCGAUUGAAACAGGAAAAGUCUCCGUACCUACUGCAGCACGCGCACAAUCCGGUCGAUUGGUACCCGUGGGGCGACGAAGCGAUCCAGCGGGCGCGGGCCGAAAAUAAGCUAAUCUUCCUGUCGGUCGGCUACAGCACCUGCCACUGGUGCCACGUGAUGGAACGGGAAUCUUUCGAGAACGAGGAUGUGGCACGCAUCAUGAACGAGCACUUCAUCAAUGUCAAGGUAGACCGUGAGGAGCGACCGGACAUCGACAAACUGUACAUGAUGUUCGUCCUACUGAUCAACGGAUCCGGCGGGUGGCCGAUGAGCGUCUGGCUAACGCCCGAUCUGGCCCCCGUUACUGGGGGGACUUACUUUCCACCGAACGAUCGCUGGGGUAUGCCCGGCUUUACGACCGUACUGACGAAACUGGCCAACAAGUGGAGCACCGAUCGGGAGGAUCUCGUUACGACGGGUCGCUCCGUGAUCGAGGCCAUCCGUCGGAACGUUGAUCAGAAGCAUAGCAGCGGUGGUGCCGAUGAAGAGCAAGCGGCGAGCAAAGCGAAUGAAACGCUCGAGGCAAAGUUCCGCCAAGCCGUCAACAUCUACCAACGGAACUACGAUCCCGUUUGGGGUGGUUCACUCGGAGCCCCCAAGUUUCCCGAGGCAUCCAAGCUCAAUCUUCUGUUCCACCUGCACGUGCAGGAGCCAAAGCAUAAGGUUCUGGGUGUGGUGUUGAACACGCUCGAUAAGAUGGCCGCCGGAGGCAUUCACGAUCACGUGUUCGGUGGGUUCGCUCGUUAUUCGGUCGAUAAGAAGUGGCACGUGCCUCACUUUGAGAAGAUGCUCUACGACCAAGGGCAGCUGCUGUCGCUGUACGUCAACGGCUACCGGUUGACACGAAAACCGCUCUACCUUACGGUGGCCGAUGCGAUCUAUCGGUACCUAUGCAAGGACCUGCGCCACUCGGAGGGUGGUUUUUACAGCGGUGAAGACGCGGAUUCCCUGCCGACGAAGGAAAGCACGGAGAAGGUUGAAGGUGCGUUCUACGCGUGGACGUACUCCGAGGUGAAGGAAACGCUGGAGCGUGGAGCCGAGAAAUUCGGGGACUUGGGAAAGGUCAGCGCGGUGGCGGUGUACGCUGAGCAUUACGAUAUCCAGGAGACGGGCAAUGUAGAACCAGCAAGCGAUCCGCACGGCCAUCUGCUUGCCAAAAACAUCCCGAUCGUGUACGGAUCAGUGCGGGAAACGGCAGAAAAGUGCGACACCACGCCGGAGAUCGUCGAGCGUGUUCUGCGUGUGGCCAACGAGCUGCUGCACGAAGUUCGCGAACAGCGACCGAGGCCCCAUCUCGAUACGAAGAUCAUUUGCGCGUGGAAUGGGCUGGUGCUGUCGGGAUUGUCACAGCUUGCCUGCAUUAAGGAUGCCCCCGGACGGAGUGAGUAUUUGGCGACGGCCGAGAAGUUGGUCAAGUUUGUGCGCGCGAAUCUGUACGAUGUCCAGGCACGCAAAUUGCUUCGAUCGUGCUACGGCGGUGACGAGGAAACGCUGGCAUCAGAACGUCCUAUUUAUGGGUUCAUCGAUGACUACGCGUUUCUGAUCAGGGGACUGAUUGACUACUAUGUGGCCUCUCUGGACGAGCACGCUUUGCACUGGGCGAAGGAACUGCAGGACAUACAGGAUCAGCUGUUUUGGGACCAAAAACACGGUGCGUACUUCUACUCCGAGGCCAACUCACCGAACGUGGCCGUGCGUCUAAAGGAAGAUCAUGAUGGCGCGGAACCGUGCGGUAAUAGUGUGGCGGCCCAUAACUUGCUACUGCUGAGCGAUUACUUCGAAGAGGAGCGUCUCAAGGAGAAGGCCCGCACGCUUUUCGCGUACUUCUCCCAGACCACCCCCUUUGGGUACGUUCUGCCCGAGAUGAUGUCGGCCGCGUUGCUCGAGGAACACGGUAAAACAACGCUGAUUGUGGUGGGACCGGAGUCACCGGAUGCUACGGUACUCGUCGAUGCCGUACGUCAGUUCCACAUCCCGGGCAUGAUCAUCGUACAGCUCAAGGUGGAUCAACCGGCACACAUCGAGCGACGCCGCAAGUCGCUCGACAACUUCAAGAUGGUCAAGAAUAUGCCGACGGCGUACAUCUGCCACAACAAGGUGUGCCAUCUGCCAGUGACCGAAGCGGAACGGCUAACAGAGGAGUUUGAACCGCGGUACACGUUCGAUUACCUCGAGUACGAGAACUGAUUCUUCGAGGC